UCCAUACUUCCAUAGGCAGUAGGCACGUACUAUGCACUCAUCUUUUUCUAGCGUUAUAGCUCUAUUCUGUAAAAUAACAAAAGUGGGUUUGAUUUAGUUCGUGUUCAAAAUUUUGAUGUGAUAGAAACCAUUAUUAUUGUAAUAUUGUUGUAACUUGUUUAUGUGAAUGUGAUUUGAUUUUGUGUAAGUAUAUAAUUUAUUUGAACGUGAAACGACAAUAUCUUUUAUGAAAUACUAAAAACAAUUUUGAGCAGUUUAUUGUUUUUUAUUUUCUUCCGUCAACAAACAUGGCAGUCGACAGUAUGUCAGAUGAUUCAUCUGCAGACUCUGGUAAAGUAGUCGAUAACAGUCGAUUAGAUAAGAAGAAAAAGAAGAAGAAGCACAAGCAUAGAAGUGAACGAAAACAUAAAAAAACAAAGAAAGAAAAUGGAGAAACCAAAAUAAAGGAUAAAAAAAAAUCGAAUGGUGACCAUAUUCAAAAUGGUAAACAAAAAAGGCCACCAUCUCCACCACCAUCUGACAUUGUUAAAAAGAAAAAAAUUGAAGGAUCCAUAAUAACAGAAAUCAAUUUGGAUGAAGAAGAAAUGAAUUUAGAAGAAUUAAUUAAGCAAAAGGCUUUACUUCAAGCAAGAUUAGGUGCUUAUUUAUCAGAAUCAGAAGAAGGCGAUAAAACCAAUAAAAAAAAAAAGCCAAGUGUUAAAAAAUCAGUUGAAACUAUUAACUUAAUUGAUGAUGAAUCGGAUGAAGAAUAUAAAAAUAAGAUUUGUGAACGUGUAAGAAGUCCAUUAAAACGUCAUCAUGGUUCUAGUCAAGAUAUCAAGAAAACAAGAGAUAGAAGUGUAAGUAAAGACUUAAUUCAUUUAAAAUCAGAUCGCAUAAGAAAAGAAAAAGAACGCGAAAAAGAAAGAGAUCGAGAUAAGGAAUAUGACAGGUGUCGAGAAAAAGAUAAAGACAGACAAAGAAAAAUCAAACAUUUGGAAGAUGAAAAACGACGUGAAAUUAGACGAAAAGAAGAGGAAAUUAAAAAAAGAGAAGACGAUUUAAGGAGGCGUGAACAAAGAAGACGAGAUGAAGAAAUAAAAGAGAUAGAAGAAGAAGCAAAAAGACGAACAGAAGAAGUCAGAAGACGAGAAGAACAGAUUAAGCAACGUGAAGAUCAAUUAAGACGGAGACGAGAUCGUAUUAAAAGUCCUAUACUUAAUAGAGACCGUGCAAGAAGUCCACCUGCUUCUAAUAGGUAUAGAGACCGUGAUCGAGAACGUGACCGUGAUCGGGAUAGAGAAAGAGAGAGAGACAGAGAUAGAGAUAGGGACAGGGACAGAGAAAGGGAUAAGAGAUAUAAUAGAAAAUAUGAUAGGAGAUCACAUAGUAAAGAACGAUAUUCUAGAUCUCAUAGAGGUAAAGAUAGAGGGGAUAAAUAUAAAGACAGUUUUUCUGAAGGUCUUAAGCGAGAUGAUAAGUCAUCUUCUGAUUCUGACAUUGAUGUAAAUAUAAAUAUUGCGGAAGAUGAAAACGAAGAAGAAAUUAUUGAAAAGAGAAGAAAGCAAAGGGAAGAGUUGUUGAAGAGGUUAGGAGCAAAUAAUAGUAAUUUGCAUAGUGAAGAUUCUAUGAAUCCUUCUCCACACGGAAGUUAUGCCACUGAAACAUCUGUUCAACAUUCUCCAGAACCUCCAUCUCCUAAAGAAACUGAUAGGAGAUUAAAUGAUUCUGAUUCAGCAACAGAUAAAGAAACCACAAAGCCUGAUCAUGUGUUAAAUCCUGAUUUAAUAAAAGGCAAAUGGGAUAUGUUUGCUGAAGCUGAUUCAUUUCAUGCUACACAACAUACUCCUCAACCAGAUGGUAUAUCUAACGGAAACAAGAGUGUACCAGAAAAUCCUUCUUUAACUGACAACUGGGAUGACGCAGAAGGAUAUUAUCGUGUGAGAAUUGGUGAAACAAUGGAUUCACGUUAUACUGUCUAUGGAUAUACCGGGCAAGGAGUAUUUUCUAAUGUCGUUCGUGCUAGAGACGCUGCUCGUGAUAAUCAAGAUGUGGCUGUUAAGAUUAUACGGAACAAUGAAAUUAUGCAUAAAACAGGAUUGAAAGAAUUAGAAAUUCUUAAACGGUUAAAUGAUUCGGAUCCUGACGAUAGGUUUCAUUGUUUACGUUUAUACCGUCACUUUUUCCACAAGCAACAUUUAUGCAUGGUUUUUGAACCACUCAGUAUGAAUCUUAGAGAGGUGUUGAAAAAGUAUGGCAAAGACAUUGGAUUACACAUUAAAGCUGUUCGUUCGUAUAGCCAGCAGUUGUUUUUGGCAUUGAAAUUGAUGAAAAAGGCAAAUAUAUUACAUGCUGACAUCAAGCCUGAUAAUAUUCUGGUCAAUGAAAGUAAGUUAGUAUUGAAAUUAUGUGAUUUUGGAUCAGCAUCACACAUAACUGAUAAUGAAAUCACACCAUAUCUUGUCAGUCGAUUUUACCGGUCUCCUGAAAUAAUUUUAGGUAUUCAAUGUGAAUUUGGCAUUGAUAUGUGGUCUGCUGGUUGUACUAUUUAUGAACUUUAUACUGGUAAAAUAUUAUUUCCUGGAAAAACCAAUAACCAAAUGUUGAAAUUUUUUAUGGAUUUAAAAGGAAAAAUGGCCAACAAAACUAUUCGGAAAGGAAUGUUCAAAGACCAACAUUUUGAUAGCAAUUGUAAUUUUCUGUAUCACGAAGUUGACAAAGUUACAGAACGAGAGAAAGUUAUAACGAUGUCUUCAAUAAAUCCUAGUCGAGAUUUAUAUACUGAAUUAUUGGGAAACCAAAAAUUACCGGAGGAACAAAUUCGUAAAGUUGGACAGUUGAAGGACUUGCUUGAUAAAAUACUGACAUUGGAUUCUUCAAAACGCAUUGGCAUAUCACAGGCUUUGAAUGAAAGCUUACUCAAAAAAUCAUACAACGCAUAGGAAUUGACAAAAUCAUUUCUCCUCCAAUUUUUAUUUGGGUUAUCAAACAGAGAUAGAGAGGGGCAAAUCAAAAUGGCUAUGUAACCAUAAUUGGUAUCCAUACAGGUUAAGCUCAAAUGUCAAAAAACAGUUUAUAAAUAGGUAUAAAUUGAGUUAAUAGAUCUUCUAUAAUUAAUAUGCAAAAGGCUCAUGUAAUUCCUCCUCUUGGUAAUUUUCUUGGAUACAGGAUCUUUAUUACUGUCGUAUAGUAAUAUUUUACAGAUGUAUUAUUAGUAGAAAUUAAUUACACAAAUGGUCAUUUAUUAUAUUAUUAAAAAUAAUUAAAUUUUUUUAAUCUUAGAACUGAUUGGAAAAUAUUAUGUAGGAUCUCAAAACCAAUGACGGAGCUUAAACUGUCAAAAAAGAAAAAAAAAACUAUAAAACCAAUUUUUUUUUAAUAGUUGGUAUAAAGACCAGUAUGUCUGGAUUAAUGUGACAAACUUAAAGCAGGGCUUGGAAGUUUUAGUACUACAAAUUGGUAAACAUGCAAAAUAAAAUUGUCAAUGGAAUUUUUUUUUUAUAUAGAAUAUGGUAAUAAGUAUUUAGGAACUAUAUUAUAUUUGGUCAGCUCUGGAAUGUAAAUAUGACAAAUUCAAUAAUUUCAUUACAAUAUGUCUGAUAACAAUCUCAUAAAAAUAACCAAAUUAUUGGAGAUAAAUAGAAUAAAUUAUCUGAUGUCAAUAGCGAUAACAAUUGAUAUAUCUCUACUUAUAAAAUAUACUACUUGAAAAUCAAAAUACACAUAUUUU